AUGGAACAGGACUGGCAACGACGGUGCCCCGACCUCGCCUUCCUCGACGCGAUCCGCGACCAUCUCCUCAACGAAGAGGCCGUCGCGACGUUGGACGCGAAUGGCGGAGACAGUGCGGUGUUUUCCGCCGUCGUUGCACCGCAGCGGCCUCCGCCGCUGCAAGCACGGGAAAGGGGGAGGAACUAUCGGGGGGUGAGGCAGCGACCGUGGGGGAAGUACGCGGCGGAGAUCAGGGACCCGGGAAGGAAAGGGGCGCGGGUCUGGCUGGGGACCUUCGCUACGGCGGAGGAGGCGGCGCUGGCCUACGACCGUGCGGCGUUCCGCAUCCGUGGCUCGCGAGCGCUGCUCAACUUCCCUCUCCUCAUCAGCUCGCAGGACGACGCGGCGCCACCGAAGAGGGCAUCGCCGGAGACGCCGCCGCCGUCGGAGAAUAAGAGAAGAAAGAGAGUGGCAGCGCCUGUUUCUUCUGCCGGGGGUCAACGCGAAGGGAUUAGUGAGAGUCGAAAUUUCGAGCUAUAA